UUACUCCAUAUAACUUUACGACAGUAGUCGGGUUGGGAUCAUUUUGCUGCUGUGCUGACACAAUCCAUUGAGUGUCACGGCAUUGAGUGAAAAGGACCGAAGCGGUUGCACACCAUGGCGUCCGAGCAAGAUAACUGCCACCUGUGUAAGGAAUACCUCAGGGAUGCCGUGUCAAUUCCAUGCGGGCAUAUUUUCUGCUCCAUUUGUCUGAAGACAUACUGGGACCACGCAGACCACACGGGCACAUACCUGUGUCCUCAGUGCCGGGUUACCUACAACAAGAGGCCUACGCCUAGACGCAUUGGAGGUUCUCGGCAUUCUACCUUGCAACGCAAUUCAGACGGCUUCCCGCCGCCACCACCAUCCCCUGACUACAACAUAGCCGGACCGCAGGACGUGGGCUGUGACAUCUGCGUCGGCAAGAAGAACAAAGCCAUCAAGACCUGCUUGAUGUGCUUGGCAUCCUACUGCGAGAGGCACCUCAAACCCCAUUACGAGUCGGCUACUUUUAAACGACACAAGCUGGUGGACGAAAUCGGCCAUCUGGACCGGCAGAUCUGUCCCCAGCAUCAGAAAGGUCUGGAGCUGUUCUGUCGCACUGACCAAAUGUGUAUCUGCGUCCUGUGUACGGUGAAGGAACACAAAGGGCACGACAUGGUGUCUGCCGAGCAGGAGAGGGCGGAAGAACAGCAACGCUUAGGUGCCACCCAGGCUGAGAUCCAGGAGAGGAUUCAUGAUCGACUCAAACAGAUGGAGGAACUGAAACAAGCAGUUGAUGCACUCAAGAACUCAGCCCAUAGAGCAAUGCAGGAAUGCGAGAAGAUGUUUAGCGAUAUGAUCCGCUCCAUUGAGAGAAUGCAGCAAGAGAUGGCGAAACUGAUCUCCACCAAUAAGCGAGCGGCACUCAACAAUGCCGAGGGUCACGUGGAGCGUCUGACCCACGAGAUCACCGACCUGAAGAGGAGAGACAAUGAGAUCACUCAGCUGUCGCGCACUGAGGACCACAUCCACUUCAUUCAGAGCUACCACAUGUUGAUAGCCCAGACCGAGGCUGAGGAGCUGCCCACAGUGACCGUGAACCCUUACUUCACCUUCGAUCCAGUUACUAAGGCCGUGUCUGAGACGAAACAGCACAUGAGUGAAUUUGGCAAUGAUGAACUGGUUAAAGUAGCCAAGACAGUGAACAAAAUGACCUUUUGUCAACUGGAGGAUGGUAAAAAGAAACGUGCAUAUAAAGAUGACGCUCCCAUGUACAGAUCUGUGCAACUGCAGGAACCACAGCACAGGGACGACUUCCUGAAAUACGCAUGCCAUCUUACUCUGGACCCAAACACGGCGUACCGACAGCUCCACCUUUCCCGCGGGAACAGGAAAGCUACCCUCAGGAGAGAACCCCAAUCCUACGGAGACAAUUCCGCUAGAUUUGACUCUUUGCCCCAGGUCCUGUGCAUGGAGGCCCUCUCAGGUGGCGCCUACUACUGGGAGGUCGACUGGAGUGGGGAGGGGGCUGCCAUGGGUGUCACCUACAAAAGCAUCAAGAGAUCCGGUUACGGGGAUAGCUGUCGCAUCGGCUACAACCGCAAGUCUUGGAGUCUCUUUUGCUCUGACUCCAGCUACUCUGCACGCCACAACAAGGACCAGAUCGAGGUCAACGCACCAUACUCUUCUCGAAUUGGGGUCUUCUUGGACCACGGUGGGGGAACUCUGUCUUUUUACUCUCUUGGGGAAACAAUGUCUCUCAUUCACCGCUUUAAGGCUUCAUUCGGUGAGGCUGUCUACCCAGGCUUUUGGGUUUGGUACGAGUCAGCCAUCACACUCAUCCAACUCUGAUUAGAACACACAUCUAUGUACAGUAGUCAGUUCACUGUUGUAAGACAAAUAUGAUUUAAUUACAUCAAGCACGUUGAAAGUUAUACAUAUAUUUGGUUAGUUGGGGAAACUACAGUAUAUUGUUGAUGACUAUGAAUAUUCUACGAAUUUGUGCAAUCGGAUGAACCAAGUCAGGGAGUGUCCUGUAUAAAUCUGCAUUUAAAUGAGUAUAAAUUGUACUGAUUGAAAGAUCUGAUGUGAUUUGUAUAGGCCAUUUGUACAACAUUUAUUUUUUAUCAAUAAACAUUUUAUGAAGGUG